GCGCCUUAAUGUGUCAUCACCUGCGUCAUCACUGUUGGACGUAGCUUCAGCUGUGUUGACGCUGCGGUCCGGCUCAGUGUCCUCUGCUUUACAUAACAGCCUACAGAGUUAGUAAAGUACAGGAGACAUGGCUACAGAAGACGCCUGCAAAGUGAACUCCUUGCGGGGGAAGGUGGCCCUGAUCACCGGGGCCAGCUCGGGCAUCGGGGCAGGAACCAGCGUCCUGUUCGCCAGGCUCGGCGCCCUGCUGGCCCUGAACGGCCGCGACGUGGGCAACCUGGGCCGGGUGGCCGAGCAGUGCAAGGCCUGCGGAGCGGCGGAGCCUUUGCUUGUCCCAGGAGACCUGACUGAUGAGGAGACGGUGAGGAAGACAGUGGAGCAGACGAUCGCUCACUUCGGUCGGCUGGAUGUGCUGGUCAACAGCGCCGGCAUCCUGGCCAUGGGCAGCAUUGAGACGACAGACCUUGCUCAGUAUGAUAAGGUCAUGAACGUAAAUGUCAGAUCUGUAUACCAUCUGACUCAGCUUUGUGUGCCCCACCUGAUUAAGACUAAAGGCUCCAUCAUCAACGUGUCCAGUGUCAAUGGACAAAGAUCAUUCCCUGGUGUCCUGGCCUAUUGUAUGUCAAAGUCUGCCAUCGACCAGUUCACACGUUGUAUAGCACUUGAACUGGCACCAAAGCAAGUCAGAGUGAACUCUGUCUGCCCCGGUGUGAUCAUCACAGACGUCCACAAGAGAGCAGGGCUUGAUGAGGAGCAGUACGCUCAGUUUUUAGCCAAGUGUAAGCAGACCCAUGCCCUGGGCCGGCCAGGGGAGGUGGACGAGGUGGCCCAGUGCAUCGCUUUCCUGGCGUCUGACGCUGCCAGCUUCAUCACGGGGGUCGCCUUGCCCAUCGACGGGGGCCGCCACGCCAUGUGCCCAAGAUAAGACCCGGCAUGUUCCCACAGUCUUCGAACCAAGUGCUCCAAACCUCUAAGUCUGCGUCUGUUUUUGUAUUCAAUAUGACUAAAGUUUGAAUAAUCCUCUGGAUGCCGGUAAAAUUGAAUUGGGGAGAAAAGUUUAAGUGUCCUUGUGGCGGAGAUUGGAAAUAAGAUGAAUGGCAUUACUUCAAGGGCACAGUUUUUCCUCCGUGUUUUCAAUGGAAAUAGCUUGGAUGUCAGUAUUUGACAAGAAGGUUUAAGGUGUGGAAUGAGUAGAGGCAAGCUGGAGAAGUAGGCAGUUUAAAUGCAUUAUAUUUUCUCAUUUUGCUGUUUUUAUCCUGAUGGCUAUGAGGCCUUGAAAACAUCUGAAGCUGGCUCAUCAACAAAGGUUUCAAACAUUUAUUGAGUUGUCUGUUGAAUCAUUUGACUUUUAAGCGGAGCAUAAAAUGCCUGUACAGAACAUUGUACUCCCCUGAUGGGAUAUGUUGUGUUGCAAUGGAGCGCUAUGGUAGUUUAGUGUUGUGUGAUGUGGGAAGUCCUCUGAGCUUAUAGAUGAGUGGGAGCAAACAACAUUCCUGCACAUUUUAGGUGACAAACAUGAUGCACAGUAAAUAAUAAAGGACGGGAACAUGUCCCAAAUGUACAGUUGAUCGUUCAGUACAGUUUAAUUAUAAAAACACAUACAAUCUAUAACAUCUUUAAAGCUCCAAAUGACCAAAAAAAACAAUGUGCUGAAAACAUGAACUUGAUGUCUGGUUUUAAAUUGGAAAGCCCAUGGGAAUUUAAAUAAAUUUUAAAUAGCAUCCACUGAAUAUAAUAAAUGUUGCAUAAUUAUACACAUUUACAUUUUGAACAUGUAAAAAAAAAAAAAAAAAAAAAAAAAA